GCUUCAGUUGUUGUUGAACGUUCUAGCUGCCAGUUGGAUAAGCUACCAGGAUCCCAAAGGAUAUUAAUAUUGAUAAAUACUUAGCACCAGAAUGCAUUACACAAUAGCUGUGCUGUGUCUGCUGGUCAGUUUUCACUGCUGUUUCAGUGUCCCCGCAUCGCCCAGGGACUAUAAACUAUUUGCAGACCUGCCAAAAUGCUCCACGGAAGAGGAUCAGCUGAGCGACUGUGUCAAGCAUAUUUUCAACACUCUGACGCCACGCCUUAAGGAUGGCAAUGAAGAGCUGAAGAUUCCGCCCUAUGAGCCUCUCGUCCUCAAUCGCACCAGCUUCCAGUACUCCAGUGGCAAUGUCAAUGGUCGCAUAACCAUGCGGAAUGCCAAACUAUCCGGAUUUUCCACCAACGUUGCCAAAGAGGUCAACGUAAAACUCAAGGACGGAAAGGUCAAGCUUCGCAUGGUCACCUUUAUGCCAAAAUUGAACAUUGCCGGCCACUAUAAGGCGGACUUGCAGGUGAACCAGCUGCAACUGAAGCCCAAAGGCGAAUUUAAUGUAACUCUGACCAAUGUUGAGGCCACUACUAUAACUGACGGAGAGGUCUACGAAAAGGAUGGACAUCGCUUCUUCCGAAUGAAGAAUAUUGACAGUAAUCCAAAGAUUGGGGACCUACACAUCAAGGCCAAUGGAAUUUUCCAGGAUCCAGAACUCGAUCAAAUUGCUCUUAAUGUGGCUAAUCAGUAUUGGCGCGAUAUCUACGGCAUUAUGCUGCCCGAGACCCGUCAGUAUUGGCAACCCCUUUUAUUGCGUAUGUUCAACGAGGCUCUAGAACUGGUUCCCAUCGACGGAUUUCUCAAGGACUAACUCAAUAGACGCUAGAACUAAUUUGUGAUAAUGGCUUUAAUGUAAAUAAAUUGUUAUUGCAUUUAAUUGCAAUUAAAUGAUAA